UUCUUAAAAAUCCAGUAGAUUUCGAGAAGAAUAAUACUCAAAAUCUCCUCAAUAAUUUCUGGAGCAUGAAAGAUCAAGGAUGCCCGAAUCAGACUGUCUAGCUGUUAAUAGUCAACCAAAGUCCAGAGAUCUUCAAGGCAUUGAAACACAUAAGCUUUCAAAAGUUAUUGAUACGGAUAAAUUGGAGGUUCAUUUAAGAUAAUUUUG